UUCAAUAAGUUGCCGUUGGUUUUCGCAACUCCAUAGCCUGAUUGCAAGAAAUGCUUUUGCAACACCAGUAUUCAAGCAGAAACUUACAAAACUCAGAAACUAGAAAAACUUCCAAUCUCUUCGAAAUGACUAAAACAAACCAGAAAUCUCUCACAAUCCCAUUUCACAUCUUUAUCUUCCUCAUGAUCUUUCUCAGCCAUGGAGUACUCUCCGAAUUAUCACUCCAGGAAAAAGAACGAUCAGUCCUUUUGAAGCUAAAGCAACACUGGGGAAACAUUUCCUUCAUGGAUGAGUGGACCCCAUCAAACAAUUCUCAUUGUUCUUGGCCUGGAAUCACCUGCACGUCCAAUUCCGUCACAGGGCUGUCACUCAACAAUGUGAAUAUCACUGGACCCGUUCCAUCCUUCAUAUGUGACUUGAAGAAUCUCACAACCAUUGAUCUUGGGGAUAACUAUAUCCCAGGAGAGUUUCCAAGAGCUGUUUUCAACUGUUCAAAGCUCGAAGCUUUGGACCUCUCUGAAAACUACUUUGUUGGAACGCUUCCCGAUGACAUUGACAAACUGGCUAAGCUCCAAAGUCUAGUCCUCGGAGGUAAUAACUUCACUGGUGAUAUCCCACCUGCUAUUGGGAAGCUGCAAGAGCUUAAGGUCCUGGCUUUAGGAGGCAAUCUGUUUAAUGGCUCUUUAGCACCAGAAAUUGGUGACUUGUCAAAUCUCGAAGAUUUGAGGUUGGCCAAUAAUGGUCUACUUGUGCGAUCAGAGCUGCCUUCCAGUUACACCCAGUUGAGGAAGUUGAAAAAUCUAUGGGUUUCCAGCUCAAACUUGAUUGGAGAAAUACCGCAAAGUAUUGGAGAUUUGGAAGCACUGGAAUGGCUGGAUUUAUCCCGGAGUGACUUGCAUGGAAAAAUCCCCGACGGGUUGUUGAUGUUGAAGAAUUUGAGCAUAGUAUACCUUUUCAAGAACAAACUUUCUGGUGAUGUUCCUCAAGUGGUUGAAGCUCUGAACUUGGAGAUAAUCGAUCUUUCGGAGAACAAUUUGACCGGAAAAAUACCGGAAGAUUUUGGGAAGCUAACUAAGUUGACAGGCUUGGCCUUGUUUUCCAAUCAAUUAUCAGGCAGUGUACCGGAGGGCAUAGGCAGAUUACCAGUCUUGGUAGAUUUUAAAUUGUGGGACAACAAUCUCACGGGCGUGUUGCCUCCGGAUUUGGGCAAGUACUCAAAUCUCAGAGAGUUCCAAGUAAGCUCCAAUAGGCUCUCAGGGGAGUUGCCACAACAUUUGUGUUCCAAUGGUCAACUGGUUGGGGUGGUGGCUCAUGAGAACAACUUCACUGGGGAGCUUCCUGAAUCACUGGGAAAUUGCAACUCAUUGGAAAUGGUCAAGGUUUCAGAUAACAGGCUUUCUGGGAAAGUUCCUAGUGGCCUGUGGACAACCUUGAAUUUAACUCUCUUGACGAUGAACAACAACUUAUUCAACGGUGCGCUUCCUGAGAAGUUGUCCUCGAAUCUUAUAAGAUUGGAAAUCAGUAACAGCAGAUUUUCAGGUAAUAUUCCAAUCGGUUUAUCGUCAUUGAGGAAUUUGGUGGUGUUUAAGGCCAGCAAUAACCUCUUGACAGGAACCAUUCCUCAAGAACUAACCACUUUCCGUCAUUUGACAAUUCUUUUGCUUGAUCAAAACCAGCUCACAGGGCAUCUUCCAUCUGAUAAAGAAUCAUGGGAGUCCCUAAAUACUCUUAACCUGAGUAGAAAUCAACUUUCUGGACAAAUUCCUGAGAAGCUUGGUCUCUUACCUACUCUUACAGAAUUAGACCUCUCAGAGAACACAUUUUCUGGCCAAAUUCCAUCCCAACUUGGUCUUUUAAGGCUAAUUUUUCUAAAUCUCUCUUCCAAUAACCUCUCUGGGAGAAUCCCGAGUGAAUUCGAGGACGCUGCAUAUGCGGACAGCUUCUUGAGCAAUCUUGGCCUUUGUUCUAGUAACAUGUUAGGCAUAGAUACCUGCAAUCCAAAAUCCCAAGACCGCAAACGACUUUCAACCCAACAUCUUGCUAUGAUCAUAUCAGCAAGCAUAGCAGUCCUUUUGUUGACGAUGCCCUCCGUAUUCUUCGUAAUUGUCAGACGUAACCAAGGGAAAGAAGAAGUGGAUUUGAAAUGGGAGCUCACCACAUUCCGAAGGUUGAAUUUCACAGAAUCAAAUAUUUUGCCUGGACUGACUGAUCAUAACUUGAUUGGAAGCGGCGGCUCGGGAAUAGUCUACCGUGUUCCUGUUAAUGACCAAGGCGACAUUGUGGCUGUAAAAAGAAUACGGAACAACAGGAAGGUGGAUCACAGGCUUGAGCACGAAUUCCUUUCGGAAGUGAAGAUAUUGAGCUCAAUCAUAUGUUGUGUUUCAAGUGAGAGCUCAAAGCUCCUCGUAUACGAGUGCCUAGAAAAUAAAAGCUUAGACCGAUGGCUGCACAGAAAAAAUAAGCAAACUAUGGUCUCAGCUCCUCAUUCUACCCCUCAAAUCAUGCUUGACUGGCCGAAGAGGUUAAAAAUCGCUAUCGGGGCUGCUCGGGGUCUCUGCUACAUGCACCAUGAUUGCUUGCCACCAAUUAUGCACAGAGACAUCAAGUCGAGCAACAUAUUGCUGGACUCCGAUUUCAAUCCAAAAAUUGCAGAUUUUGGUCUAGCUAAGUUGUUAGUGAAGCAAGGUGAAUUGGCCACAAUGUCAGCCAUAGCUGGUACUUUUGGCUACAUUGCUCCAGAGUACGCGCGUACGGCGAGAGCGAACGAGAAGAUCGACGUUUAUAGCUUUGGGGUCGUCCUGUUGGAGCUGGCAACCGGAAGAGAAGCAAGAGAGGGCGACGAGUACACUUCGCUUGCCCAGUGGGCGUGGCGUCACCUUCAAGAAGAUAAGCCCAUAGAAGAAGCCUUGGACGAAGAUAUAAAAGAACCAAACAAUGUGGAAGAAAUGAGUUGUGUUUUCAAGCUGGGGAUCAUCUGUACGGGUACUCAGCCUUCCACAAGGCCUUCCAUGAAGGAUGUUCUAACAGUCUUGCUCCGUUGCAGCCGGUAAAAGUUUGGUCUACUUAAACACAAUGUAUCUUCAAGAAAAUCAAUCAGCUAUCUUCAUCA